CCUUAGUUAGGGUUUUCGAGAUCUGUAACUCUGCAAGCUCUUUAAUCUUAGUUUUGCUUUUCCAAUCUGUUUAACUGUUAAAAUUCUUAACGAAACGCUCUGUCCGAAGGCUAGUUCCAUUUAUUGAGAGAGGGAAAAAAUGGCUUCAGCGGGGCAGCCACCGUCACUCAAAAGAAGAGAUGCGCCAUCGAUGAGAGAAGGAGAUCAGCUUACUCUUACUCCUUUAGGCGCCGGCAAUGAAGUCGGUCGUUCUUGUGUUUACAUGACGUACAAAAGCAAAACUGUACUGUUUGAUUGUGGAAUUCAUCCUGCUUACUCGGGUAUGGCUGCUUUGCCUUAUUUUGAUGAGAUUGAUCCUUCAACAAUAGAUGUUCUUCUUAUCACCCACUUUCACUUGGACCAUGCUGCUUCCCUUCCAUAUUUUCUAGAGAAGACCACAUUCAGAGGUAGAGUUUUUAUGACUCAUGCAACGAAAGCUGUUUAUAAGCUUCUUCUGACUGAUUAUGUUAAAGUGAGCAAAGUUUCUGUUGAAGACAUGUUAUUCGAUGAACAGGACAUUAACCGCUCCAUGGAUAAAAUUGAGGUUAUUGAUUUUCAUCAAACUGUGGAAGUAAAUGGCAUUAAGUUCUGGUGCUAUACUGCUGGGCAUGUUCUCGGUGCUGCUAUGUUUAUGGUUGACAUUGCCGGUGUACGAGUGCUCUACACUGGAGACUAUUCUCGUGAAGAAGAUCGUCAUCUCCGUGCUGCUGAGCUGCCACAGUUCUCUCCUGAUAUAUGUGUAAUUGAAGCCACUUAUGGUGUCCAGCUUCAUCAACCCCGACACAUUCGGGAGAAGCGAUUUACUGAUGUUAUCCAUUCUACGAUUUCUCAAGGGGGUCGUGUUCUAAUCCCAGCGUUUGCCCUUGGUCGUGCCCAGGAACUUCUGUUGAUUCUUGAUGAGUAUUGGUCAACCCACCCUGAGCUUCAUAAUGUUCCGAUAUAUUAUGCUUCCCCACGCAAAAAGUGCAUGGCUGUUUAUCAGACAUACAUACUGUCCAUGAAUGAGAGAAUUCGAAACCAGUUUGCAAACUCAAACCCCUUCAAGUUCAAGCACAUUUCUCCGUUAAAUAGCAUCGAGGAAUUUAGUGAUGUAGGUCCAUCUGUUGUAAUGGCAAGUCCAGGUGGUCUUCAGAGUGGGCUGUCACGCCAACUCUUUGACAAGUGGUGUUCCGAUAAGAAAAAUGCAUGUGUUAUACCUGGUUAUGUUGUCGAAGGGACGCCUGCAAAAACGAUUAUUAAUGAACCGAAGGAAGUGACACUCAUGAAUGGUCUCAAUGCUCCCUUACACAUGCAGGUUCAUUACAUUUCGUUCUCUGCCCAUGCAGACUAUGCUCAGACAAGUACAUUCUUAAAGGAGCUUAUGCCUCCUAAUAUAAUUCUUGUUCAUGGAGAAGCAAAUGAGAUGGGAAGACUCAAACAAAAGCUUAUCACCGAGUUUACCGAUGGCAACACCAAAAUUAUUACCCCGAAGAAUUGUCAGUCUGUUGAGAUGUAUUUUAGCUCCGAGAAAAUGGCUAAGACCAUUGGAAGACUGGCUGAAAAGACCCCAGAAGUAGGUGAAACUGUUAGUGGUGUUCUGGUUAAGAAAGGUUUCACAUACCAGAUAAUGGCUCCCGAUGAUCUCCAUAUCUUCUCACAGCUUUCAACCGCAAACAUCACUCAGAGGAUUACUAUCCCUUUCACCGGUGCACUUGGUGUGAUAAAGCAUCGUCUUGAGCAGAUAUAUGAGAGUGUGGAAUCUUCAACAGAUGAAGAAUCUGGGGUUCCAAUGUUGCGAGUGCACGAUAGAGUGACCGUGAAGCAGGAUUCAGAUAAGCACAUCUCAUUGCAUUGGACAUCAGAUCCCAUAAGUGACAUGGUAUCAGAUUCUGUUAUGGCAUUGGUUCUGAACAUUACUCGGGAGAUCCCUAAGAUAGUAGUUGAGUUUGAGGACGUAAAAAUGGAAGAAGAAAACGGGAAGAAGGCAGAAAAGGUUAUUCAUGCUCUCCUGGUUUCACUCUUUGGGGAUGUCAAAUUAGGAGAAAACGGGAAGCUUUUGAUAACUGUUGAUGGGAAUGUAGCUCAUCUUGAUAAACAGAGCGGGGAUGUCGAGAGCGAAAACGAAGGUCUGAAGGAGAGAGUAAAGACAGCUUUUCGACGAAUUCAAAAUGCAGUAAAACCAAUCCCUCUCUCAGCAUCAUAGUUUUACCUCCGGUAUCUUCUGUUUUACAUCUUUUAAUGUACUUUGAGUAUAAAUUUUGGAUUCUCAAAAUUGCAUAUGUAAGUUGUUUUCCAUGCUUAUUACCAAACACUAAUUCCAAGUUUGUACUGCUUAGCACGGUAGCUGCCAUGCAUGUUAGCUUUGUUUUUAUUCUUCAUUAAUUUGAUCAUCAAUUUUUAUCCUG